UUGAGAUUGGAGUCUAUCACGUCUUCAUUAUCAGUUUAAAAUGCUUUAAUAUCUUAUUAGCGCAGUGUGUCGUUCAACCGUCGCUCACAGAUCAGUCACGCGGGACACGUUAACUUCAGGUCUAGAACUUCAGUGGUUCAAUUAAAGGCCGAAGAUGCCCGAGCAGAGCAACGACUAUCGUGUGGUGGUGUUUGGAGCAGGAGGUGUUGGCAAGAGCUCACUAGUACUCCGUUUUGUCAAGGGCACCUUCCGGGACACCUACAUCCCAACGGUGGAGGACACGUAUCGGCAGGUGAUCAGCUGUGACAAGAGCGUCUGCACCCUGCAGAUCACAGACACCACCGGCAGCCACCAGUUCCCUGCCAUGCAGCGUCUGUCCAUCUCCAAGGGUCACGCCUUCAUCCUGGUCUACUCCAUCACCAGCAAACAGUCCCUGGAAGAACUGAAGCCCAUAUACCAGCAGAUACUUGCUAUCAAAGGCAACAUAGAGAACAUCCCUAUCAUGCUGGUGGGGAACAAGAGUGAUGAAACUCAACGGGAAGUGAAGACCGAAGAUGGAGAAGCCCAGUCCAAGACCUGGAAGUGUGCUUUCAUGGAGACCUCGGCUAAGACUAACCACAAUGUCACUGAGCUCUUCCAGGAGCUGCUCAACUUGGAGAAGAAGAGGAGCAUGAGUUUGAACAUCGAUGGCAAGCAUUCUGGGAAGCAAAGCAGGGCUGACAAGCUGAAGGGGAAAUGCAGUGUCAUGUAGACUUGCUUGUUAGAAGCAAAACCAGAACAUGGCGAGAUAACGUGGCGAGAUAGAGACAAAGGAAAGGAGCCGGAGAUGGUGAUAUUUGACAUUUCACGCUUAUUUCCGAUAACAAGGACUUCACAUCUCAGAUUUCAUCCUUCACCGUCAGUCUCUGGCCUUAACAAGCGCUGGCCCAUUCAUAUUGCCUUGUCUGUUCUUAUUAUAGAGCAUCGCCAUCAUCUCUCACAUCUGAGAAGUGUUCAGACAGCACUUAUAAGAGCUAAUUUCACUCCCCUGCUCUCAAGAGGAGCACUAGCACUAGGCUAGAGUCUUUAGUGUGCUAGCUAGUGUCUCCUCGUCUCAUUCCAGGAAUCAUCCAUUUGAAUCCCCCUCAGAGAAGCUUGAGCAGAGCCAGCGGGGUUACAUUGGCGCCGUGAGUUUUACACUCCUGUGAUCUCUAAAGGCACACUAGCACUAUGCUGUGAUCUGUAGUGUUCUUGUAAGUGUGCUCAUGCAUCAGGCUGAUGUGAUACCUUACUCCCCUGGAGUUAAAGGGUCAUGAAACCCCCAUCUUUUGGUUAAAAUCUACCUCAGGAUUUUUUUUGAUAAACGCAACUUAAAUAAGCGAGGAAAGCAGUGAGCAGAAGGUAGGGGAGUGGGUGUGACGGAGCAAAUCAGGAGAGAAAAAGGACAGCGAGCAACUGUCAUCACAGUGGUCCACACUGACCGAGAGGGCUUAUUUUAAAAUUUAG